AUGGGCGAAGGGAACAAUUGCAGACAGAUGCAGGGUGCACCGGAGCCCUGUGCAGCAGACAUGGCCCCACACGCUGGAAGUGCAGAUUCUCAGGGCCAUGGACUAUAUCCUUCUCCCAACCUCCCCAGUGAUAAUAUUGCUCUCAGUGCUGAGGUUGAGCGGCUGCGAUCUGAGAAGCAGAGUAUGGAGGCUGCACUCCAGUCACAAAUUGCAAUGAGGCAACAAGCAGAGGAGCUCCAUGCCCAGGCAGAGCGGGUCAUGGCAAAAUCGGUCUUCCAGGGUGGGAAACCUGCUCCCAGCAUCCCCGAGGAAGAGACUGCAGUAUAUGAGCAGUUGAAGGAAGAAAAACAAGCCAGAUUGAGGCUCGAAGCUGAGGUGAAGCGCUUCAUAGCAGAGAUGAAGAAUGAGGACGGUAUCCGCCUAUCCUCCACAAGUGGUCUCAACAUUUGUGAGGAGCUGGAACAGCUCCAUGACGUGUCUCGGCAGCUGAGUGCUGGAUUGGAGGAUGAACGUGCGCGCAGGAAGAAAGCAGAAAGCUCAUUGGAUGUGACGAUGGGCGAACUUGCCCAUGCGGAUAAGAACAGGUCCAAGCUGCAAGCUGAAAUGAAGGAACUACGGAGCCGGCUGCACUCCCAAUUGGAAAUCAAGAGCCAGGUGGAUGCUGUGAAGGAGCAAACCCGCAGGGAAAUCGAUCUUGUGAUGCGCCGGUCAAAGGGAGAGAUCGAUGAAGAGUGCAGGCAAAGGAUGAAGGCAGAGGGUGCACUUGAUGAAGUGCUGAAAGAGAUCACAGAAAGCGAGCUGGCGAGGCGCAAGGCUGAGAUUGCACAACGAGAAGCAUGCCGCUCCCUGGAGAGUGAGCGCAAGGCUCGGAAGAGGGUUGAAGAGGAGCGCAGAAAUCUGGAGGGAGUGGCACGAGAGCACCACAGGCGUCGUUCCCAGGCCGAGGCAGCCAGCAGCCAGCUCAGGGCAGAGGUGGAGGCCCUCAGGAAGGAAUGCGACCGUCUGAGGCAUGGCUUGAAAGAUGAAAAACAGCAGAGAGACGUGGCGGAGACUGCUUGGAAGGAGACAGCACGGCGGCUACAUGGAGAGCGUGCUAUGUAUGCCUACUGGGUGAAGAAGCAGAAUGAGUUCCAGGGAAAGGGAUGCAAUGAGGUGGAGGAGAUCCCUUAUCAGGAUGCUGACACCAACUGGAUGGAUCAGGCCAGGGUGGACAGUGGCAUACCGAGGCACACCAGGCGGCUGGCCAGACUUGAGGAAGCAGAUCCAGAAGGCAUUGCGGCCACGGGAUUGGCAAUGCCACCCUCUGCACAGAGCGAAUGGGAUGCAGCCCCGAGGACUGCCAUUGCACCAACCAGCGCACUUGGCUGUGGCACAAUGAGCUUCGAUGGUUUGAAAGCUAGUCACCGUUGGCAGGCUGGCAACAGACCACUGGCUGUGGACUACAGGGCUUUGGAGAUAGGGGAUGCCUACAGGAGCGGCAUCGGUACUUUUGCACUUGGGACAGAGGACAUUGCCUUGGCACAGCAGGGAGCUUCUCAAGGCCCCUUCCGUUGGCUGCGGCACCUCAGCCCAUUGCGGCCAGCGAAAUGGGUGGUGAGCCAUCGCGGUGACAUCACGCACCACACUGGCAAGGUGCUGCAGAAUUUCUGGACGUGGGUGAUUGUGGUCGGGGUCGUUGCUGGUACCAUAGGCCUGGGCGACAGUGACGAUGGCGAUGAAAGGAAAUCUGACAGGGAGGCGAUCGAGGAGAUCCAGCACGGGCCCCCUCAUGUGUUCGUCAGAGGUGGAGGGGGCACCAUCUACGGUGCAGAUUCCUUCAUGGGUUGA